AUGGCUUUGGUGUGGACUCUUUUAAUGGCCUGGACAAGAUCAAGUCGUAAGAUAUUUUUAGCCUUCUUGACAAGUGGAUCACCAUUGAAUCAAUCCAAUUUCAUUCUAUAUAUUUAUAUAUUGCCAAAAAUUAAAAUUAAAUUUACUUCUCUAAAAAGCUACUUUUCAAAUCAAAUCAAAUCAAAUCUAACCAUCAUCAUGGAUAUCUCACACAUUGAAAACGACCUAAUACAAAUCAUUGCAAGAGUAGCCAACACUCAUGUGGACGAUGUCAAUGUCCCUCUCAUGGCAUACGGACUUGGAGAAGGUUGGUGUAGCGAAAUUUCAAAUGAAGUUGAAAGAAAAUAUGGCAUUAGUAAUCAUAUUAACAACCACUCUACCAUUAGAGUAUUGGCCUACUCUGUCCAAAGUAACAGAACAAAAUAA